GAUACACCACACCAGUAGAUAAAAGAGAGAAAGCAAGCAAAACCAAACCAGCGGCCAUCACCUCGCCGUUUCAUCUCUCUCCCACCUAAAUUCCAUCUCUUCAAUCCCUAAUAACCUAAGUUUCCUCGUCUCCUAACCUUCCUCUACCAUUAGCUGCGGUUCCACCUUUCACAACUCGAAUCGGUCUUCGUUCCAAGACAUGCAUUGAUUGAUCCUACACUCAUCGGUCUUCGAAUGGUGCUCGACGUUUAAGCGUGGUCGACGCGGUUCGCUUGGUUCAUCUGCUCGAUCGUACUGCUUUUUUCGGGGCUUGUGGUGCGAUCUAAGAUUCGGAGGGGCUUAGAGGAACUCAAUGCGGAUGUAAUUUGCAUGGAGAGAGAAUGCCAGAGCUGCGAAGUGGAGCCCGGCAAGCUCGAUUAAGGUCUAAACGGCUUGAUGAUCUUCAGCCUUCCUCCCAACACCCUGACCAAGCAGAAAAUUGUGCUCUCCCUGCUCCAAAUAGAACCGGAAGGAGAGUUGGUGCUGGAAGAGGAAGGGGUUGCAAUGCUACAGCAGUAGCGAAGGGGCCUUCAGGGGCAACUCCAGCAAGGGCAAUUCCUGCUGGUAGAGGCAGGGCUAAUAGGCUGAUUGAUUUGGACCCAGAGGCUCCCCAUGAGGUUCUUCCAGAAGCAGCUAAGUUGGCUAUAAAUCAGGCAGAGGGAGUUGGGGACAAAGACCUUGCGAUGGAGGGUGGGAGUGCAGAGAAAUUGGUAGGAGUUGAAGAAGAAGCUUGCACAGAUCCAGUCCCUGAGAGAGUACAAGUAGGUAAUUCUCCUGUAUAUAAGGUAGAAAGGAAGUUGGGUAAGGGUGGUUUUGGUCAAGUCUAUGUUGGCAAAAGGGUAGCUGGGGGUACAGAGCGUACAGGACCAGAUGCCUUGGAGGUGGCCUUGAAGUUUGAGCACCGCAAUAGUAAAGGUUGUAACUAUGGUCCUCCUUACGAAUGGCAAGUCUACAAUGCUCUCAAUGGUUGUUAUGGAAUUCCUUCAGUUCACCACAGGGGUCGCCAAGGAGAUUAUUACAUUCUGAUCAUGGACAUGCUUGGUCCAAGUCUUUGGGAUGUCUGGAAUUCUGUAGGCCAGUCGAUGUCACCUAAUAUGGCAGCUUGUAUUGCUGUGGAGGCGAUAUCAAUUCUUGAGAAACUUCAUUUGAAGGGAUUUGUACAUGGAGAUGUGAAGCCAGAGAACUUUCUACUUGGUCAACCUGGAACGUCUGAUGAGAAGAAGCUAUUCCUCAUUGAUCUUGGUCUGGCAUCUAGAUGGAAGGAUGGCUCAUUUGGACGACAUGUUGACUAUGAUCAGAGGCCUGACAUCUUCAGGGGAACGAUAAGAUAUGCAAGUGUACAUGCACAUUUGGGUAGGACAGGAAGUAGAAGGGAUGAUCUUGAGUCACUAGCUUACACGUUGAUAUUUCUCAUCAAAGGAAGGUUACCAUGGCAGGGCUAUCAGGGAGACAACAAAAGUUUUCUUGUUUGUAAGAAAAAGAUGGCUACCUCUCCAGAGUUGCUAUGCUGCUUUUGCCCUCCUCCGUUUAAACAGUUCCUUGAGGUUGUGACAAAUAUGAAAUUUGAUGAAGAACCAAAUUAUCCAAAGCUCAUUUCCUUUUUUGACAGCUUGAUUGAGCCAUGUACAUCCUUGAGGCCUAUCAGAAUAGAUGGAGCUUUAAAGGUUGGGCAGAAGCGGGCACGAUUGCCUGUAAAUCUAGAAGAAGAUGGACAACCUAGGAAGAAGGUACGGUUGGGAAGUCCUGCCACUCAGUGGAUAUCUGUUUACAAUGCACGCCAACCCAUAAAGCAGAGAUAUCACUACAAUGUAGCAGAUUCAAGGCUUUCCCAGCACAUAGAGAAAGGCAACAAAGAUGGUCUAUAUAUCAGUUGUGUGGCUUCUGCGUUAAACCUUUGGGCACUCAUCAUGGAUGCAGGCACAUGUUUUUUGUCCCAGGUUUAUGACCUGUCAACUGUCUUCCUGCACAAGGACUGGAUAAUGGAACAAUGGGAGAAAAAUUACUACAUCAGUUCCAUAGCUGGUGCAGCAAAUGGAAGUUCCUUAGUUGUCAUGUCCAAAGGAACCCCUUAUACCCAGCAGUCCUAUAAAGUGAGUGAAUCUUUUCCUUUCAAAUGGAUUAACAAAAAGUGGAAAGAAGGUUUUCAUGUCACAUCGAUGGCCACUGCUGGAAACCGCUGGGGUGUUGUAAUGUCAAGGAACUCUGGUUAUUCUGACCAGGUUGUUGAGCUUGAUUUUCUGUACCCAAGUGAAGGAAUACACAAGCGAUGGGAGAGUGGUUACAGGAUAACCUCAACCGCUGCCACAGUAGAUCAAGCCGCAUUCAUAUUGAGUAUUCCAAAACGUAAAUUGAUGGAUGAAACACAAGAAACUCUGCGUACAUCUGCCUUCCCUAGCACGCACGUGAAGGAAAAAUGGUCCAAGAACCUUUACAUAGCAUCCAUUUGUUAUGGUCGGACUGUCAGUUAGUGCACCUUUUGGGUAUAUAUCAUCAUUCUUUUUAGCCACAGAAAUACUAAUGGUAUACGCUAUUCAAUUUUUGAAAGAUGAGAAGAUUUGUGCUUGGAGUCUUGGACAUGGUUUUUGUCUUGACAUCCAUUAGGUUAGUUUUGCGCGAUGAGUGAAACAUAAUUCUAGCAUCUCAUGCUGGAUCCAUAUUCAAUGCCUUUGUAAAUGCUGUAACAUGUUCUCGGAAUCAGCAAGGCAGAUUUUUGUUCAAAAUAUAAUUCAUAUAGUAACUCGGCGGUUGGGA